GCUUUCCUCGUAUUCUAUUUCUCGCUUGCUAAGCAAUCAUGUAAGCUUACCUUCAACCUACAAUCAUAAAGUCGGAAACAAAAAGCUCCGAGCUUUGAAUUACUAGCUCCUGUGGAUUCCCAAAUCGGAGCCCUCAAUUCAAUGAUGAAGGUCUCCGAUUCCUCCUCCCUGAUUCGCCUUAACAUCGGAGGAAAGAAAUUUUGUACUACUAUUGAUACUUUGACUCAUCGUGAGCCCGAUUCGAUGCUUGCUGCAAUGUUCAGUGGUCGCCAUAGUCUAUGUCAAGAAGCCGAAAAGGGAUAUGUUUUUCUUGAUAGGGAUGGCAAACAUUUUCGGCACAUCCUUAACUGGUUGAGGGAUGGCGUUGUUCCCACAUUAAAUGAUUCGGAAUAUUCAGAACUGCUUAGGGAGGCUGAAUACUAUCAACUUCUAGGUCUGAUAGAUGGAAUACAUGCUGUUCUAAAUAAGAAGAGGGAGGAUGAAGAGGUAGAUACAGAACUAACACGUACUGAUAUCAUCAAGUGCAUACAGUCUGAGAAAGUGCGUUUUCGAGGUGUCAAUCUUUCUGGCCUUGACCUUUCCAAAUUGGACUUGUCAUUAGUUGACUUCAGCUAUGCAUGUUUGAAAAAUGUCUUUUUCUCACGUGCAAAUCUUCAAUGUGCUAAGUUCAAGGAUGUUGAUGCUGAGGGUGCCAUCUUUCACAAUGCAACUUUGCAGGAAUGUGAAUUUACUGGGGCAAAUCUCCGUGGAGCUUUGUUGGCUGGUGCUAAUCUUAAGAGCGCAAAUCUACAAGAUGCAUGCUUGAUAGAUUCUAGCUUCUGCCAAGCAGACCUGCGUUCUGCACACCUACAGAAUGCUGAUCUUACAAAUGCCAAUCUAGAGGGAGCUAAUCUGGAAGGAGCAAAUUUGAAGGGUGCCAAGUUGAGUAAUACCAAUUUGAAGGAUGCAAACCUUCAACGAGCUUAUUUACGUCAAGUGAAUCUUCGAGAUACGCAUUUGGAAGGUGCAAGGCUUGAUGGUGCAAAUUUGCUUGGAGCAAUCAGAUGACAUUGAAUGAUAUUUAUACUGUGGAGGUUUGAAAUUCUGUUUGUGUAUAAUAACAUAUUUAUUCGUCUUCCGUCUUCUUACAUUUGCCAGAUUUUAGAAAGUAUUGUCCAAUUUGUUUAUCGGCGAUGCCCUAGUAAUCAAAUCAUGUGGUUUGUACAUAAAUCUUGCACCCAAAUUCAAUUCAUGUGGUGAUAGAAUGUAUUGGUAAAUGUUCUCAAAUCAAAUUUUUACCUUCUUUA